AUGAAAAAGGUGAAUAGUCUAAAAACUUUUGAUAGAAGAGUAGGUCCUUCUCAUGAUAUCACCCCAGAAGAAACCGCAAGAAGCAGCACACCUGUUAACAUCAGUAAACUUCCUCUUUCCCCAACCCUUGGAAAUCCUUUAAGCUCAAAAGUUCUUCCUAAUAAAUUUAAGUACACUACCUUAAGCAAGCUUGACUUAUCCAAAUCAAAAGGCUUAACUACAAAUAGAACCCUAGAUCCUCUUACCUCAAUCAGCAAUAUUUCUUAUAUUAAUAAAAGUAACACAUUUAAUGAAUCCGUGAAGCCUACCACAAUAAAUUAUCUCGAAAAAUAUACUCAUAAAUUACAAGGACUUAAGCUUUCUCAAGCCAACACAAGAGCGUCCUUCUUAAUCGAAUCCGAAAAAGCUAAAGAUAUUGACUCCCAAUUUGAUGGAUUAAGAGAACAAUCAAAAGUAACUUACAGUUAGGAUUUGUUGAAAGGCAAAAAAGACUUAAUUUCUUUAUCAAAUCUACAAAUAGCAGUAGAAUAUUUAUCUAAAACAGUCAGGAUUAUUUAGGUUAUCCAUUGCGAUUGAUUUAAUCAGGAAGGGAAAAUGCUAGCUCUUAAAGAAUGCCAUCAUUUAGAGAAAAUCCUUUCAGACACUAUCAGCUCAGUCGUAAGAAUUCACGACUCUUGAAUACAGUUUAAGGAAAGAGUUGAAAAUUAUGAGAAAAAUAGCAACGAGGCUGCAAAAGAUGCACUGAAAUAUAAGAAAAAGUAUAAUGAUUUAAAAGAAAGAUUAAAAGAAUGGCAAAGAAAAAGCAGAAUAGAAGUCGAAAAAUAUGAAGCAAAAGAAAAAAAUUGGAAUAUGGAAAAAGCGAUUCUAGAAAAUCAUCUUCAAGCUAACCUAAGAACACCUGAACCAGUUAGAAAUAAUGAUGAAUUAGCUAAAGCAAUUAAAUCGAUAACCCAGGAAAAAAUGAAUUUAGAAGAAGCUAUAGGGCUGCAUAAAAAGAUUAUUGAGGCCAAUAGAAUUAGUAUGAGUAAGUUACAGCAUGAGCUAGGCCUGUCUAAAGAUGUGAUUUCUGAUAAAAAUCAAGAAAUUGAAAGACUCACAAAUGAAAGUCAUGAUUAUAUGCAUAGACUUGAAGCUGCUCAAGAUUUAAAUAAAAAGCUGAAACAUUCUUUAGAUAGGCAGGUCAAUAGAAUGCUGAUGAUUUCUGAAGACCUUGAUGCCGUCAUCAUUGCAAAAACAGCUGUAAAAAGAAGUUAUGACACUUUGAAAUCAGACUAUGAAAUGCUGACUCCCCGUUUAAAUUGGAACGAAAAAUCCUGCCCAAUUUAAAGGGGAGUUAAUUUUUUGUUAAAAAAUAUAAAUUGAACUUAAUAUUUUAAAAUUUUAUGAAGAAUUAAUCAAAAAUUAAUCAAUUCAGUGAGAAAAUUGUUUAAAUAAUAUUCAGAAUUUUACUUUAAACCAAAACUAAUUUUUAUAAUAUCCAAUUUAAAGGGGGUUAAAGUACCCAAAAAUGAAAGCUUUACCUAUAUUUUGUUUCCAUUUUUAAGGGGGGAGUGAAAUACGCUGUAAUAGAAGGCAAAGAUACUUCUCAUUUUGAGCUAGAAGUUAUGGUCCCGCUCACAGACCCUCUUUUUGAUCUUGCUAGAUCUACUUUAGGAACAUUUAACAAAAACACUAAUACUCCAUCAGUUUUCAAUAAAGAGGACAUUAACGAAAUUGAUUUAACCAAGUUCAAAUAUGCGCGUCCUACUUUUACACAAAUGGUUGGGGUUCCGAGCUCGAGUCAGGCUUUAUUUUCUCCGCCUUUUCAAAAUUGAAUAUAUAUAUGCUAUCUUAAAGUGAAUUAGUAUACUUAAUUAUUGAAAACUAUGCUUAUUUCUUAAUAUAAACACUAAUCCACCAGCAAAGAUUUAGCCAUUAACGAAUAGUUAUAAGAGCUAUUUACGAUUCAAAAUACUUUGAGCAUCUAAUGUGUGGAGCUUCUCCAUACCGAACACCUUCAAGAUUCACUGAUUUUGUAUAUAAUUGACUAGGGCAAUUUACAAUUGAUGAAACUUCUCGAACAGUCAAAGAGCUAGAAUGGUGGAAAAAAAACCAAGCUGAUGAAAUCAGAUUUACCUUACUGCUUGGGAUCACUCAAGAAUCAGCAAAAAAGCUAUGAGAAUUAAACACUUUUCGAGAGUUUUUAAAUGAAGAUUUAAUGCUUGAUGAACUUGGAUUUUAUAUGCACUGCCGAUAUAUGCUGUUUAAAGGGCCUGAACUAAACCAAACUUCUGCUAAAUACGUAGCCUUGCAUUAUAUAAAUUUAGCCAGGGCUAUUGAAACUGUUCAAAUCACGAUGAAAAAUCUCCCAGAAAACAACCUCAGAGAACUCAUAGGAAUUCUCGAAAGCAAGUCAACAGAAAACCAAGGCGCAAAAUCAAUAGAAUGCUCUUUAGCAUUAAGAGUGAUGCUAGAAUAUUAUCGGCAAGAAAAAAAACAUAGGUACGCUGCUAUUGUUGAUCUUUUUGAAGAAGCCAAAAAAGUUGGCAAAGGGAAGGAAAUUAGUUAUAAGGCCUUUCAUUCUAUAUGCAAAAAUAUUUCUCAUAAUAUACCUGAAAGUAUGAUGAUCAAAAUGUAUCGGGAUUGCUGGAACAUUUCUAAUGAGUGCAUAACAGCUGACGACUUCUUCUUAAUUGCUAAUGAGAAUGGGCUAUUUUAUAAUAUUUUGCUUCUGAAAGGGCAAUGAGAGAAACCAGAACUAAAAGCUGAUGGAGAGAUCGAUAUUUUUGCUGGAAAAUAUUCAUAUAAAAUGGGACAAAUCCACAAGGAUUAUAAAGAAGAUGCAAGAAAUCUUGAAUAUGUCAAAGACUGCAUGAAUUCUAUGGGAAUUUGUGAACUUAAAGAACAGAUAAAUAAGCUUGAGCAUCUGAUACUCCAUAAAUACGAAAUGCCAAUAGAGGAGUACUGGGUGUGGAAUUUAGAAGAUAUUUAUAACCAUUUAUGGUGCUUAUUUUUACAAGGACAACAUGCAUUUUUAGAGUACAACUCCCAUGAUAUCAGAUAUCUGGGGUAUAAAUUAACACUGGAAGAAAAAGAUAUAGGAAGACCGACGAUGAGCAACAUUAAAACUGCGUGCGAAAAAUUCAUUGAAAUUUUGAGGAGUAUGGAAAUAAAGAAAUUCCAUUCAAAAAUAGCUGCAACUAAGAUUCAAAGGCUGUGGAGAUCUAAGCCAGAAAAGAAUGUAGCGUUUAUAGCUACCGUUGUAAAAAGCGUUACGAAAUUUAAAGAGGGUAUUAAAAAGAAAGAACACCAUAAAUAA